AUGCUCGGGGUCGCCAUCAACGCCUACGCCUUGGCGCUGGCCGUGCCGGUCGCCGUCGUCCUCCUGUGGCUCUUCCAGUUCCUGCAUGUCGAGUACCGUCUGAGCAAGUGCUCGGCCGUCAGGGCUCCGAGGCUGGCGAGGAAUCCAAUCUCCGGUCAGCUCCCUGCCUCGCUCUCCUCUCCUCUCCUCUCCUCUCUCGUCCUCCCUCGGUCGAGCGCUGACGGCGUCGUCGCAGCGUUGUGCUGGUUCGUCGAGGCGGCGUACAUGCAGGCCAACAACCGGCUGCUCGAGUACUUCAACGGCAUCUAUCGCCAUGCCACGCCCGGCUGCCCGAACCUCGUCGAGUUGAGCGUCGACAGCCGGCGCAUUCUCCUCACGCGGGAGCCCGAGCACAUCAAGACGGUGCUGACGUCCAAGUUCAGCCACUUCGGCAAGGGCCCCGAGUUCCACGACUCGUGGAGCCCCUUUCUCGGCGACUCCAUCUUCACCACCGACGGUCCGCUGUGGCACAAGAGCCGGCAGCUCAUCCGGCCCAUGUUCACCAAGGACCGCGUCCGCGACCUCGACAUCUUCCACCGCUGGGCCGUCGGCCUCAUGAGCAAGCUGCCGCCGGCCGGCGAGACGGUCGACAUCUGCGACCUCUUCUACCGCAUGACGCUCGACGUCACCACCGACUUCCUCCUCGGCCAGCACGUCGGCGCCCUCGACAACCCGCGCGGCGACUUUAGCAGGGCCUUUACCGAGGUCCAACGCCAGCAGAUGAUCCUGACGAUUCUCUACCCCGUCCGACGCUUCGUCCCCCGGCGCAAGUAUAGGCAGGGCAUCCGGCUCAUCGAGCGCUUCAUGGACCCCUACAUCGAGUCGACGCUGCGGCUGACGGCCGACGAGCUCGAGAAGCUGUCGAGGUCGGACAAGGAGUUCACCUUCCUGCACAACAUCGCCCUCUUCAGCCGCGACCGCAAGGUGAUCCGCGACCAGAUCAUGGCCGUGCUCCUCGCCGGCCGCGACACCACCGCCUCGACGCUCUCGUGGGCCAUGUACGAGCUGGCCCGCUACCCGGCCGUCUGGGCCAAGCUGCGGGCCCAGGUGCUCGAGCGCGUCGGCGGCGAGCGCGCGCCCUCGUACGAGGACCUCAAGGGGCUGACCUACCUGACCCACGUCCUCAACGAGACGCUGCGCCUCUAUCCCGCCGUGCCCUACAACCUGCGCGAGUGCCUCGAGGACUCGACGCUGCCGGGCCGGCCGGGGGAGGCCGACGUCGCGGUCCUCCGGGGGGACAUUGUCAUCUACAGCACCCUCGCCAUGCAGCGUCGCGGGGACCUCUACCCGGCCGUGGGCGAGCACUUUGCCGACCCGGCCGUCUUCAGCCCCGAGCGGUGGGAGAGGUGGACGCCGAGGCCGUGGCAGUACGUGCCUUUCAACGGCGGGCCGCGCAUCUGCAUCGGCCAGAACUUUGCCAUGACGGAGAUGGCCUUUAUGAUGGUGCGGCUGGCGCAAAAGUACGACCGCGUCGAGUAUCGCGGCGACUGGUCGGCGCAGUUUCACAAGGCCGAGAUCGUCGGACGGCCGGGCCACGGCGUGCCCAUUGCCCUCUUCGAGCCUCGACCCGGCUCCGCGCAGGCGUGA